UCAUUCCCACCCCCCCCCCCCCCAAACAAGACUUUUCUAGGGUUCCCUCUCUUCUUCCUCCUCACACCAUUCACCCCCACCUCCUCCAUAAACCUCUCUUCCCCUCCGCAUUGCUAAAAAAUGGCGUCUUUAGCUCCCUCUUCUUCUCUUAACCCAAAACCAGUCUCAGCUGCGCCUUCGUCCUCCCCGGAUCUUCUCGACGACUCCAACGAAGACUCCUGCAGCAUCUGCCUCGAGCCCUUCAACUGCGACGACCCAGCAACUAUAACCAGCUGCAAACACGAAUAUCAUCUUCACUGUAUAUUAGAAUGGUCACAAAGAAGUAAAGAAUGCCCAAUUUGUUGGCAGUUAUUUUCCCUGAAGGAUCCUGCUUGCCAAGGGCUUCUAACUGCUAUACAAAAUGAGAGGAACUCAAGGUCAAGAAAAACAUCUUCCAUGGCACCCCAAACUUAUCAUUCAUCUGAGGACUUUGAUGUUGAGCACGAAUCUUUCUCAGAUGACUCCGAUUUGGAUGAGCGCAUCAUGCAGCAUCUUGCUGCUGCUUCUAGCAGAGCUCGUUAUGCUCGCAGAAGGGAAAGACAGAGAUCAUCUGGGCUAGGUCCUUCCCAUGUUUUUGUUUUUUCCAAUCAUGAAAAUGUGCCUGGUUUCCAGCAAACAUACCCAAUUUCUCCAAAAGAUUCGCCAACUUCUCAAAGACCAUCAGUUAUUCAAUCUCCACCAUCUUUUAUCUGCAGUACUGCUGCCAAUAGUGAUAUCCCUUACAAACCAAGAGUGCUUUAUGGCCGACCAUCACCUGAUGGUCCACACAGACCAAGCCCAUCCGAGACUAUCAAUUUGCCUGAUUCUAUCAAAUCCACGUUGUCUGCUGCCUCAGCAAGAUACAAAGAGUCAAUCUCAAGAAGCACUCGAGGCUUUAAGGAAAAGCUACUUGCUCGUAACAACUCAGUCAAGGAGCUGAGCAAAGGAGUUCAACGUGAGAUGAAUGCAGGAAUUGCUGGUGUUGCAAGAAUGUUUGAGCGCUUCGACCUUACUCCAAAGAAACCUGGAGCCCCUACUCCUGUUUCUGGCCCUAGCGGAGGAGGGACUUCAAACUUAUCCUUCAAGGGAAAAGGUGUGCUAGAGACUGUUAUUGUUCAUUCUUGUAAUAAUAAUGGGAGAGUUGGUGAUGAAAGUUCAGAUGCACCCUCUGGUGUCAAAGCUGCUACGGCAGACCGAGUUGAAGUUUCUUCUGCACAGAGCGGACACUGAUGCCAUACGGAGUUUGGAUUUGGCUCAACUCCUAAUGGUUUGUGUUUUAACCUCCAAAGUGCACGGCCUGUGUUUUAACUGCCAAGCAUUAGACACCUCAGCAAGUGACGUUAUGCGAAGAGCCAAACCGCUGGUUGGUUUUGCGUCCUGCUCGUUGCCUAUUUAUGCAAACAUAGAAACCGCAGUUGAUGAGUUAUUUCUCCUGACCUGCACAUUUUCCUUUCCUUUGUUGCUUCGUAUUUAAGUGGAUUCUGGUGGGAAUUCCUAAUAUAUAUAUAGCAGUUGUCGCAACUGCUUGAACUUAUUUUAUAACAUACAUGUCCUGCGAGUUUUGUUUUCAUUCGUCCUGGAAGCUAUCAAUAAAAUUAUUUAAUUAAAAACUAA